UUUUGCACAAGUCACGUGAGUAGGAAGUACAAAAGUCCAAGAUGCCGAACACGGCCCAGUUGUCACCACAGGAGGAGCAGGAGAAGCUGUUAGAUGAGGCACUUCAGGUGGUGAAGGCACAGUCCUUCCAGAUGAAACGAUGUCUGGACAAAGGCAAGUUGAUGGAUGGGCUAAAACAUGCCUCCAAUAUGCUAAGUGAACUGAGGACUUCCAUGCUUUCACCUAAAAGUUACUAUGAGCUUUAUAUGUCAAUCACUGAUGAACUGCGCCACCUGGAGAUCUACCUGGUGGAUGAGUUCCAGAAGGGAAGGAAGGUAGCCGACUUGUACGAACUGGUGCAGUAUGCUGGGAAUAUUGUGCCAAGACUAUAUCUAUUAAUCACAGUGGGCGUGGUGUACAUCAAAGCCAACGAGCUCUCCAGAAAGGACAUUCUGAAAGAUCUGGUAGAGAUGUGUCGAGGUGUACAACACCCCCUCAGGGGCCUCUUCCUCAGGAACUAUCUCCUACAGUGUACCAAGAAUGUACUGCCUGAUGCUGAGGAAGAAGUGGCAGCUAGUGGGGAUCCAGAAUCUGGCACUGUCAAAGACUCCAUUGAUUUCAUCCACCUGAACUUUGCUGAAAUGAACAAAUUGUGGGUGCGCAUGCAGCACCAGGGACAUACGCGCGACAAAGACAAGCGUGAGCAGGAGAGACGCGAGCUGCGUAUCCUUGUUGGUACUAAUCUGGUUCGCCUCAGCCAGUUAGAGUGCGUUGACAUGGAGAUGUAUAAAAGGCAUAUCCUGACUGGUGUGUUGGAGCAGACAGUAAGCUGUAGAGAUCCCAUAGCACAGGAAUACUUGAUGGAGUGCAUUAUACAGGUAUUUCCAGACGAGUUCCACCUCCAAACGCUGACCGGGUUCUUAAAGGCCUGCGCUGACCUUCACCCUGAUGUCAAUGUCAAGAACAUCAUCAUAGCUCUUAUUGACAGACUUGCCCAAUUUGCCAACAAAGAGGAAGGUGUUGGUAUACCACAAGACAUCCAACUUUUUGAUAUAUUUUCACAGCAGAUUUCUCAAGUCAUUCAGAAUCGUCCUGAUAUGCCUCCUGAAGACAUCGUUUCCCUACAGGUGGCGCUGAUCAACCUGGCUCUGAAGUGUUACCCAGACAGGGUGGAUUACGUGGACAAGGUCCUGGAGACCACCGAGGAGAUCUUUAACAGGCUCAACCUGGACCACAUAGAGAAUUCCAGUGCAGUUUCCAAGGAGUUGAUGCGCCUUAUGAAGAUCCCAGUGGACAGCUAUAAUAACAUACUGACCGUUCUGCAGCUGGAGCACUUCGGUCCACUCUUUGAGUACUUUGACUUUGCUGCCAAGAAGAGCAUGAGCUCGUACAUAAUAGUAAAUGCAUUAGACAAUGAUAUAAAGAUACCAUCACAGGAACAGGUUGAUGCAAUAUUGAACUUGGUGGCGCCACUGGUUUGUGACCAAGAAGGACAGCCCCAAGAUGAUAUCGACCCCGAAGAUUUUGCAGAGGAACAAGGCCUGAUGGGAAGGUUAAUUAACCUAAUGCAGGCAGAAGAUGCUGACCAACAAUAUUUGAUCUUGAAUGCGGCCAGGAAACACUUUGGGAACGGUGGGAACAUGAGGAUUAAGUACACCCUGCCUCCAUUGGUGUUUGCAGCCUACAAAUUGGCUUUCAAGUACAAAGAACUAGAAGAAGAGGAUGAUAAGUGGGAGAAAAAAUGUCAGAAGAUUUUCCAGUUUUGUCACCAAACGAUAGGAGCCCUGAUAAAGGCAGAGAUGGCCGAGGUCCCACUGAGACUCUUCCUUCAGGGAGGUCUGGCUGCUGGAGAGAUAGGAUUUGAAAACCAUGAGUCUGUAGCAUAUGAAUUCUUGUCACAGGCAUUUUCACUGUACGAGGAUGAAAUCAGUGACAGUAAGGCGCAGCUCUCUGCCAUCACUUUAAUCAUUGCCACAUUUGAGAAAAUGAAAUGUUUUGGAGAAGAGAACCAUGAACCUCUGAGAACACAAUGCGCUCUGGCAGCCUCCAAACUUCUGAAGAAACCAGACCAGUGUCGUGGCGUGGCUACGUGCUCACAUCUGUUCUGGUCAGGCAAAACGCGAGAGUCCGAAGGGGAAGAGGUUCAGGAUGGUAAACGUGUGAUGGAGUGUCUAAAGAAAAGCCUGAGGAUAGCCAACCAGUGCAUGGACAGCUCUGUCCAAGUGCAGCUCUUUGUGGAGAUCCUCAACCACUACAUAUAUAUGUAUGAAAAAGGAAAUGACCAGAUGACGGUCCAGGUGCUAAAUCAACUAAUCGGAAAGAUUCGUGAAGACUUGCCGAACUUAGAAUCCAAUGAAGAGACUGAGCAGAUUAAUAAGCAUUUCCAGAACACCAUUGAGCAUUUAAGACUGAGACAGGAGUCACCAGAGAAUGAUGGACCUACUUAUGAAGGUCUCAUUCUUUGAUGUUUCUACAAUCUCAUUAAUGGGAAGUGGACUUUCGAUAUUCUGUGUUCUGGAAAUUUCACAAAAAAAUAUCCUCCAAUUAACUGCAUCAAAAAGUGUUGUUAGCAUAAUCUAUCUGGAUGAUUACUUUGGUGUUAGUUGGAUAUUGUACGUUUUACGUCGGUUCUGUAUGCCAUAUUAAGUAAAAUGUUCAUACAAGGAUAGGAUUCAUAUGGGUCUUGAAGAAAUAUGUACCACCAUUGACCCUUUAUCAUGAAAUUGAGCUUUUCUGGCCCCAGGAAGUUGACUCACUGGUCUGAGGUCUUCUAAUUGGUGUGAACAGAAUUUUUUUCAUAUAUUGACACUUGAUGGCAAUGUCACCUCUAAUUGAUCUACCUGAAUCAUGCAGUGAUGGGUGAAGAUUGAGUAUUGAAUGGUGAGCCUUUUGUUGGGAACUUGUUGCUGAAAGGGAUUCAGUUUAAAUGUCCCACUGCAUGUGAUAGCUCAGUAGACAUAAGGAGAUAGGGCCAAUUUCUCUUGUCAUUGUUCAUGUGUCGCUUUGUAAAACUUGGUUUUACUGGGGGUAAACCGCAGAGCCUUUAAUCCCCAUAGAUUGGGAAUUAGCCUAGAAUGCAGAUAGAUUACAAGUCACCAUGAGUUCAACUACAUCUGUAAGAAAUUACAUUUAUUUAAAACUAUUAUGUCAUAUAUGUACUGCAUGCUGCUAAGUGCAAAUUGUUUCAGCAAAAGUGAAAAUGAUGAAAAACCUUAAAAAUGAAUAAGAAAAAAAUAAAAAUGAAAUACUUAAGUGUAA